UCUUUUUCUUUUUUUCUUUUUUUCUUUUUUUUCGUAAGAAACCAUGAACUACUUCAUGUGUAAGAAUCUCAAAUCUGGUAAAUCCCUUCUGGCAAAGUAAGGAAAGGACGUGGGAAUUGGGUAUUAAUAAUUAAUGGAUAAAAAAAAAAGACUGAAGAUAUCUUCCAGGUCGUUUCCAAAGAAGAUGCAGAGAAGGCAGGAGAGGGGUAUUACAGUAAGUUAAGAUUCGGAAAGUUCCACUGCCACCAACCGAUAGCAACUGGCGAGCCGUAAUAAACUGGCAACCAACAGCAGAAAAGAUGCCCAUGCUUGGGACUUGGCUCUUAGCUAUCUCCUCUCCUCUCCUCUCUGUCUUAGCCUCAGCAUCAGCCUCACUCUCACUGCCACUCCCACUCCCACUCUCUCACUCAUACCGUCAUUAUCAUCAUCUUCUUCAUUUGCUUUGUGAGGAAAUGAUACUACUCGCUCCCCCAGAGUUUUCUUCUCUUUUCGGCCAUUAUCUUUGAGAUCUGAUCUGCUUUCUUUGCUUCUACUCUCCGCUUCAUAUCUUUAUAGAGCUCUUUCUCAAUAUAAUAAUCAUUUCUAUGCCUCCUUUCUCUUUCUCUUCGUCUUCUUCUUACUCAGUUUCUUGAUUUCACUGUGAGAAACACAAAGACAUUCUCUAUUUUCCCCAGUUUCUGCUUACCAAGUUAACUAAAGCUUUUAUGGAAGGAGGGUCGAGCUCAAAAAAUAUAGAGAAGGCCCACGACAUACGUAAAGGUCGGCCGAAACCCAGCUCUUGGCCUCCGAAGGUCGAGCCCUUUGUACCAAGAACUGAUCACAAUCCAAGAGAAUUGAAAGCUUGGGCAAAGAGGACUGGUUUCAACCCCACUUUUUCAGGAGAAACAGCGUCUAGUAUCAGCGAGAGGGACCCCAACGAGAAGAAUAACAGUGCUGGGUUUGAUAUAGAGAAGGGUCUUGAUGGGAGAGGAGGGUCUUCGCCGAAAAUUGAAAUUGAUCCGAUUCUGGGUCGUACAAAGGGGAACAGAGGAGCUGAAAUUGAGCCGGUUUCUGGUCCUGGGAAUGGGAGGAAGCAUGAAAGUGUCACUGGUGACGGUUUGAGGAGCGACCCACAAAGAGUAGAAACACAGAAGAGAAGAAAUGAGCCUUUAUUGGGUUCAAAGGAUGAUGACAAGAAAGUUAAUUUAAAUGGGAAUGGGAAUGGGAAUGGCAAUGCAGGUAGGAGUCGGCAGGAAGCUCCAGAGAUUCCUCCAACCGCAGAACUCAAGAGAGAUGACGGCAAGAUCGAUAGGGAAGAGGAAAUUGAGGAUUCUCCCGAUAAUUCAGAAAGUAGUCUCUGGGGUCGGCGCAGACCAUCAGGGAUUAGGUGCAGGCUCAGAGAAAACCCUGGUCCUGUCCAUCUUAUGUAUUAUGGUUUACAGCACUAUUUGUCGUUGGCUGGUUCACUUAUUUUCAUUCCCAUAGUCAUGGUACCAGCCAUGGGUGGAACAGAUAAGGAUACUGCCACUGUGAUCUCCACAAUGCUUUUGGUAUCUGGAAUUACAACAAUACUACACUCUUACUUUGGAACUCGGCUUCCUUUAGUUCAAGGAAGUUCAUUUGUAUACCUUGCCCCAGCUUUAGUUAUCAUGAACUCUCAAGAUUACCGAAAUCUUUCUGAACAUAAAUUUAGGCUCAUAAUGAAGGAAUUACAAGGGGCUAUAAUUAUUGGUUCAAUUUUCCAGAGCUUCCUGGGAUACAGCGGUCUCAUGUCUCUUCUUCUGAGAUUGAUAAACCCAAUUGUGGUUGCACCGACUGUUGCUGCAGUAGGUUUAGCAUUUUUUUCUUAUGGAUUUCCUCAAGCUGGUACAUGUGUGGAAAUCGGCCUUCCCCAGAUACUUCUAGUUCUUAUUUUCAGUCUGUACCUUCAAGGAGUUUCUAUAUUUGGGCAUCGGAUAUUCCGGGUCUAUGCGGUUCCCCUUAGUGUUGCAAUCAUAUGGGCAUAUGCAUUCUUUUUGACAGCUGGUGGAGCGUACAACUACAAAGGCUGCAAUGCCAACAUACCUAGUUCAAACAUCUUAUCUAAUGCGUGUAGAAAGCAUGCAUUUACCAUGAAGCAUUGUCGAACAGAUGCUUCCAGUGCAUGGAGCAAUGCUGCUUGGGUUCGAGUUCCAUACCCUUUACAGUGGGGUAUUCCUACAUUUCACUUGAGGACUUCCAUUAUCAUGAUCAUUGUGUCACUGGUUGCAACAGUUGAUUCGGUUGGAACGUAUCACUCCGCAUCUUUACUAGUUAAUUCAAGGCCUCCAACACCAGGAAUUGUUAGCAGAGGAAUAGGAUUGGAAGGCUUUUGUAGUUUACUGGCUGGACUUUGGGGUACAGGCACUGGUUCAACAACCUUGACGGAGAAUUUGCACACCAUUGACAUUACAAAAGUGGCAAGUCGGAGAGCCAUAGAACUUGGAGCAGUGUUGUUGAUCUUCUUCUCAUUUAUAGGAAAAGUAGGUGCCAUUCUAGCUUCGAUACCACAAGCUUUGGCAGCUUCUUUACUUUGCUUCAUCUGGGCUCUGAUUGUGGCAUUGGGUCUAUCAACAUUGCAGUAUGGUCAAGCAGCAAGCUUUAGGAAUAUAACAAUAGUUGGUGUUUCCUUGUUUCUAUCGUUAUCCAUUCCUGCAUAUUUCCAACAGUAUCAGCCCAAUAUCAGCUUUGUACUGCCAAGUUAUUUUGUUCCUUAUGCAGCAGCUUCAAAUGGACCAGUUCACACUGGCAGUAGAGAACUCGAUUUUGCCAUAAAUGGUCUUCUGUCGCUUAACAUGGUGGUGGGAUUCUUGCUGGCAUUUAUACUGGACAACACUGUUCCUGGCAGCCGGCAAGAACGAGGAGUUUACAUAUGGUCGAGUGCUGAAGACCUGGCAAAUGAUUCAUCUAUUCUCGCAGAUUAUUCGCUUCCAACAAAAGUUGGCCGGUAUUUUCGGUGGGCAAAAUGUGUCGGUGCAUGACAUGACAUUUAGCAGCAUGUUUUUUUAGUGAAAUUGUCACUCUUUACAUGAAGUGUUAGAUAGGGCAGGGUUGUAGAAAGAUGGGGGAAGGAGAUAAUUUGUGGUUUUCUUUUACACAUACCCUAAUUUGUCACAUUGUACUGAAUAAAGGAAAGAACAAUCUUAGAACAAUCAGGUGUUCUCACACGUAAGAACAAAAUGGGGUAUCUCAGAUUAAAUUCAAAUUGUUUGUUUUGAAGGCUUUAUAGGUGAAAUCAGAGAUACAUUGUGGUA